CUGGGAAGGCUGCCUCUGAGCCAGUGGUUGGGCUGUCUGCAGUGGGCCCAAGACCUACUUGAGUGGAGCCCGAUUAAGAUGGCGGUGCGGACGGUGCAGAGGGUACAAGCGGUUCACCUUGAGUCAGAUGCUUUUCUGGUUUGUCUCAACCAUGCUCUGAGCACAGAGAAGGAGGAGGUGAUGGGUCUGUGUAUAGGCCAGUUGAAUGAUCACGGGAGGAGUAACUCCAAGCUUGCAUACGCUGGAGCUGAAGUGUGCGCAGUUGCGAAAAAGAUGGAUGCCGUCAGAAUUGUUCACAUUCAUUCUGUUAUUAUCUUGCGACGUUCUGACAAGACAAAGGACCGUGUAGAAAUUUCUCCAGAGCAACUGUCUGCAGCCUCCAUAGAGGCAGAAAGGUUAGCUGAACAAACAGGCCAACCCAUGAGAGUUGUUGGCUGGUACCAUUCCCACCCUCAUAUAACCGUUUGGCCUUCUCAUGUCGAUGUCCGUACACAAGCCAUGUACCAGAUGAUGGAUCAAAGCUUUGUAGGACUGAUUUUUGCUUGUUUCAUAGAAGACAGACCCACCAGGAUUGGUCGUGUACUCUAUACUUGUUUUCAGUCUGUACAAGCAUCAAAGAGUUCAGACUAUGAGAGACUUGAAAUCCCAAUCCAUAUUGUACCUCAUACCACCAUUGGGAAAGUAUGCCUCAGGUCAGCAGUUGAGCUUCCGGGGAUCCUAUGUCAGGAAGAACAAGAUACGUAUAGGAAGAUCCACGGCCUUACACAUCUGGACUCAGUAACCAAGAUCCAUAAUGGCUCUGUAUUCACCAAGCAUCUGUGCAGUCAGAUGUCCGCUGUCUGCGGGCCUCUCCUACAAUGGUUGGAGAACAGACUAGAGCAAAACCAGCAGCGUGUGCAGGAGUUAGAAGAAGAAAAGGAAGACCUGAUGGAAGAGCUGUCUUCCCUAGAAUAAAGCAGGAGAACAAAAAUGGGCAGAUGUAAAUACUUGGCGUACGACUUAUAAACUAAUUCAUUUCGACUAAUAUUGACAAAGCACAAAAGUGAUCCAAGGAAGAAAGGGCGUGCGCUUUGGACAAUUGAACAUCUACAGGCCAACAAAAUAUAUUCUAACAGUACCUC